AUGACCAACAAUUUCCGGAACAUAUUUACGUUAAUAGAAAAGGAUGUCAUUCGAUUAACGUCCAGUUGGUGACUCCGGUUAUGCACUAAGACCGUGGAUGAUGACUCCGGUUGGAGGCGAUGAAGACGAUGUGGCAGUACAGAGAUACAACUCCCGGCAAAGAUGUACAAGAUCACUUAUUGAACGAUGCAACGGACUUUGGAAGAUGAGAUUUCGUUGCUUGUUGAAGCACAGAGUACUGCAUUACCAGCCAGACGUGUGCUCGAAGAUCAUUAAUGCAUGCGCAGUGUUGCACAACAUGUGUAUUCAGGACAACUGUAGACUUGACCCAGAAGAGGAAGAGGAAGAGUUAGACUUCGGCAUGUUUGAUAAUGCGGUAAAUGAAGCGCAAAACAUUCCAAUUAGAAAUGUUGAGUUAGCUGCUGGACGAAGAAUUCGCGAUAAUUUAAUAAGACGCUAUUUUGUUGCGUAA